GCCGCUGUUUGGAAACUAGGAGAGGAGCACUAAACACAGAACAAUCGGAGUAAAAUUUUUUCCUAUUGGUGAGAAACGAGGUUUCUCUUCUUUUUGCUGCUGUUCCAGAACUUCAGUUCUUCGCGGUCGGUUACCUCGUUUUUUCGUUUUGGAAGUACUCGUUUCAUCGUUACUCGUUUUUUCGCAAAAAAGUGCCUGAGAGAGGUUUUCGCAUUUCCGAGCGGCGUUGUUAUCGAAGAAGCAAAGAUUUUGAUUUUCUCGUCGUGCUGUCGGACAAAAAUGCAGGGUUUGACGAAGUCUUUUCGCAGUUUGUGCACAUUUUCCCCUCUCUUUCGACAAGAAUUUUGGAAACCAAGAUUUCUCUUGAAACUGGAAAGUAGGCGCAAACACCGUGGAAACCAAAAUUGUUGCUCCUCAAGAACUGUGGACCACAGUAGGUUUUUUUUGUGAACUACGCAGAAUUUUGAGUUUUUUGUCCCAAGAAUACUGCAUGGAUUUUUAACACUAGACUUGAAUGUAACUAAUCAGAACUGCUGUAUCUUUGUUUGUUUCUUUUCCGCCACCUCGCAUCAACACUUUGCUUCGAGUCAGGAGUACUUACUACCUACAACGCUUCAGUACCCUUAAGGAAAAAAGCAAAAUCGCACAUUAGUAAAUGGCGUCACCUGCAUCGGGAGAGCUGCAGGCAAAACAGCCCCCGCCCGCGGCCGGCUCGGUGGACUCACUCCCGACAACUCCCGGGUCGUCUGUGGUAACACAGCCCCCGAGUGUGGCUGCCUUGCCGGAAUGCGAGUCUGUUAUCAACUGCAAAUAUGUCUGGGUCUGGAAACGUGGAACUUGCAAUGCGUCUCUUGUAUUUCUAGAGAAUCUGUGUUGUUACGUGAGCAGCAGAAGAGCCGCAUCCUCUGUCAUGCAAAAACGCAAUUUGUAAUGCGUGCUGGACAUCCGAAAGCGUUUCAACAGCUUGUCAUGCGUGGCUGCCAACGCAAGAGCUGCGAUCAGCUGCAAAUCAGCAACACAGGUUUUUAGACCAAGAUAUAUUUGCAAUGCAUAUCUGUGGACAAGGAGCAAGGCGCGGCCGUGGAGUGUCCGCUGUGCCUGCACGCGCUCGCGCAGCCGGUCGUCGCGCAUUGCUGCGGCAAGAGCUAUUGCGAGCACUGCGCAAAGAGAGCUACGGCCGCGGCAGGAAGAGGCUGCCCAAAUUGCCGCGCGGACCCCUGGACCUACACGGCGAAUCUGGCCCUGCGUGAGGUAAUGGACAAGAGCUGGGCGGUAUUAGAUGGAAAAAUCCCCCCUCCCCACAUCAAAGUGGAAACUUGUAGAGAAGGCUGCUACAGAUGCGGACUGUCGUGGUGGCUGGCGUGAGAAACAGGCCUUGCAUCUUCAGCAUGACAGGAGGCAACAGCAAGUGGUCGGAAACAGCAGGACAAUUUGCCUGCAAAAAUUCAGGCCACGACUCUGUCUCUUGGCCUUCUAGCAAUACAAGUCGCCUUGUGUACGCGAAUCAGCAUUACAAAUGCCCUUUUCGAUAUGGGGACGGGGUAUCUUUCCCUGCAAUAGGUGCGGUGCCAGGGGUGCGGGGCGGAGAUGCGCCUAGAGAUAUCUUGUGUAAAAGUAUCGCACUCGUAUUGCAGUCAUGCGUUACAAAGUCUUUUGUUCAGGUAAAUCCGCAUUACAAAUUUUAUUUCUCAUGCUGAGGAAAUUUGUAAUGCAUUUAUACGAGUGCGAUACUUUUGCAGUUCAUAGGAGAACUUCGCGACCCACUGCGAGGCCAGUUGCACCGGCACGACCGUCCAGUGCUUUCACCGUCUUGAGCGCGGGUGUACGUGGGUGGGCAAACGCGGGGACUACGAAGCGCAUCUACAGCAGGGCUGCAAGUGUACGGACGCCUACCUGGAACGCGAAUUCGAGCGGAUCCUCAACCGUGGCGAGGAUCCUGCACAGCGCGAAGCGGGGGUGGCGUAUCUACGGAGGGUGAUAAAAGACACGAAGAAGCCGGCGAUCGGAAGUAGAAGCGUGUUCAGGAGCAUCCACCCGAUGGCGCUGUGCCACGUGGUGAGAGACCUUGGGGUGUACCUUCGUCGGGAGGAAGCGGACGAGCUCGCGACACUGUGCACGGAGCACUGGCGGUACCGCGGUACCGAUAUCAAAUGCAAAUAUGUCUGGGUCUGAAAGAAUGCAUGUUUGUCAUGCUUGUCUGUCAUGACUCUUAAAUCUGUCAUGCACAUUACCCAAGAGCUCCGCUUUUCUGUGAUGCAGGAACGCAGUUUGUCAUGCAGAAUAGGCAACGCCUAGAAUCUCAGAAACUUGUCAUGCUGAGCCAGCAUUUGUGGCCUCAUCAUGCGACAACACCCAGCAUCACAAGUUUCCAGACCCAGACAUUUUUACAUUUGAUACCCGAGGGGCCAGUGCAAAACGAAGAUGACCCCGUGCUCCCGGUGACCGAGGAGGGAAUAUCAUUGCCGGAUCGCGACGCGGAGUCGGAUUUUGUGGAGGAUUUUCCCAGGCCAACAUUUCAGUACGACGAGGACAUGUUGAAAAAAGAAGAGGCGUUGGAGCAUAUUCUGAGUAAGACCGUCUCCACCCCAGAGCUGUCAUGCAAAUCUGCAUGCUCAAAAUGUUUCUCAUGCGGAGCACCAUCAGAAGCAUUUGCUAGUCGUGUUUCGGAACACCUGAUGCUCCAAUCAGAAUGGUGUCUGUGUGGUAUGGGGACGUUUUUGCGCAGGAUAGAGGAGCUAUUAGACCCCUGUGGUAGCUAUGGGUUAGAAUCUAAAGUCAACUAUAAAAGGCCGCCCUCUUCUAGGAGAAGCAGUUCGUCCUCCUCCACCGGCAUCGGCUCAACAUCUUCCAAAACCAGUUCCUCAUCCUCGUCCACCAGUGCGUGUUCAUUGUCGUCAACUGCAAAAAUUGCUGCGCACCUACAACUGGUCCGCAAUAAACUGCGCGUUCCCCUGGAAGCGCUGCCGACCAUUCCGGCAACGGACCUGCUGAUGCGCUUGGCGUUGCAUGGAAUACGCGAGUCGCGGCUCGAGUACUUUCAGUCUUGGGAGCUGAGACACGUUUGGGCGAUUCGCACGACGAUGGGCGUCUUCCUCCCUUCCCUAGUCGGGAUUGAGCGACUCGAGAAGGACAUUUACCUGCAGGCGCUGCGGCCCUUUGUGUGCAAGAAGACGGACGGCCGUACCGGCCGCCUGCUCUGUCCGAUGCGAAAGCCAGAUUGCGAGAAGUACCCUUUCUGCGAGUUGGAGGCGUCUGUCAUGCGCUACGAGGGCGAAACAAAGAAGAAGUACGACGUCGCCGAUGCGCUGGUGAAAAAGUUGAAGACGGAGCUCGGCUGGUCUACGCAAACGAAUGCGCACGAGGAUCGGUCGGAGGACCACAACAUCCGGGAAUUGCUGCGGCUGUCCGACUUGGCCAGCGGUAUGAUACACCAGCCCGGCGCCGAGUACCGGGCGGUCGAGGUGUUGUCGACGUUUUUGAAGAGCACCACGCAGGACCAGUUGCGCAUCGCGUUGGCGACUUACGGCUGGGGCUGCUCCUCUGUAUUACGCGCUGGCGGCUUACGGGUAACACACGAAAUAGGGAUUUUGUUACAAAAUGUUGUGCGCGAGUACGUAUGCAGGAGGGAAGAUUCACGCUGUUCUAACCAGGCUUCCGCAGGAAAAAAGUGAACAUAUCUGUCAUGCAGAUGCAUGGUCGAUAGAAAUCUUCAGUGAUCUCGUGAUCUUUACAGCACAAGGCUGCGUCACUUUUGUGUCGUGUGGUUUUAUUUGCUGGAGCCCUGGUCUAGAAGCAGGAUUUUUUUGGUGUGCAUAGUAGACGAGGGACCGCGCGAUGCGACGAACCCUGCUUGGCAGCUGGAAAGGGGAGGAGAGCGUGUUGGUCGCCACUACGUCCAAUUCAGUGCCGCGUGUGCUGCCCCGCUUCGUCCGCAAAAUCAUUCUCGAGGACCAACCCUCGGGGCGGCAGGAGGUAAUACAUUCGCACCUUUGUGUUUCUGACCGACCUGCUGAUGGGAUUGCACUGACGGUCCUUCCAAAGCCAAAUAGAGCAGGCCGGUCCCUUGCAACCGUGCGAAGGACCCUUUCAAAACCUGCUCUAGCGUGUCGUGCGAAGGACCCUUGCAACCGUCAACUUUAUUUGGAAGGCCUCGGUGGUCUAGGUGUUCUAGCGCGUCACGGGAAUUCCUGCGAAGCCUGCGAGGACAUCCUGCCCGCUGCCGAAAAGUCAUUCCUGCGCCCGCGGUCGAAAAGUCUGGUAAAAGUUACUGUGUUUGGUUUUUGAAUAUAGGAGGAAGCCAGAAGACGAUACAUUCUCAGUACUGUUGCAACUCGCACCAGUCGUGCGACACAUUUUCAAAACAAGGGCUUCGGUAGCAUUCGCUUAUCGUUCUCACACUUCAAAAAUAGAAUGAAACUAUCACAACAAAGGACGACGACAAAUCACCGAUCUGGUUCCAGUAUACUACUUUGGGCGAUUGGAAGCUAAGGGUCAAGAAAUCAGUCGGCAAGGUGAAUAAGUUUUUUGACUCUUGCCUGACGAUGCAGGGUCUGUGUUUCGAGUAUGGCUUCGGCAUAGCGACCGAAGGAAGCGAAGUCGAGCUUUAUCUUGUACCGCCGCUGUCACCCUUCCUCCAUCCCCGUGGCAUUCCCGCCAGCCUUCCCCUGUGCGAAGAUUCUAUUAUACACUACCGUUUCUACAAGCAUCCGCUCGGCAAAUUUCGACCGGCGAACACGAAGUUGGAUCAGCUCGCGAUGUCUCAUUAUUACGCAAGCGAACUUUUGACGGGUGAAUGUCAAUUGCAAGUGCAACACCAGGAAAGUACCGCUCAUCGUGACGACCCCAGUUGUGCAGUACUCUUCGUUGUACUUGUUGGCGCCACCUCGUCAAAAGUUCGCUUGGAUACAAGUUCCCCCAGGGUUUACGUCGGACGGCCCAGGUUUGAAGACUACUUUUCCUCCGGCGAUCCCACGACAAAACCGGACGAGUUGAGUUGGUAAAGGUUGGUCUCGAAUCAAAACUGCACAAAGAGUUGACCAAGUAAACGGAAAUUGUCAUGCAGGAAGAUAUUGUUUUGCAUUCUCAAUAAGCGUAUGAUGUAUCUAUUGCUGCACGAAGCGCAAAUGAGAUUUUGGUCAAAAGCUUUUGCCAGUUUCGAUUCAGGCGAAAUUUUUCCGAGGAUACUAUUCAUCGGAGAGUAAUGACCCGAAGAGACGGCGCAUCGACACGAUUUCCGGUGGCGGUGGUCGUUCCUCAUCUUCUUCCGCAGCGUAGCAGAGUAGUUCAAUCAGGAGCGAAUAAGUCAAGAUUUCAUCCGACACACAACACUGACAAACAAAAAGCAACUGGAGCGGGGGAAGCUAACAGCAAGAAAUCAUCCGGGGGACUGGAAGAAGAGUUUUUUGGUAUACCAUUCGAUGAACAGCGGUGGUUUAGGAUUGGAAACGAAAUUGAUACAGCAACGGUACAGAUCCGCAUCUCAAGUGAGCAGUCUGCCAGGAGGGAUAUACUCUGUUUUUUUGUACGAUUUGAAAGAAAAUUGAGCUUCCGCCAUUACCACGGCAAAUCAGCAGCAGGUGAUGUCGAUUUUGGAUAGCUGCAGGAGUUGUAGAAAAAAACGACUUUUGGUUUUUGCUGGAAGGAGAGAAUGAUGAAACGUGCGCAAUUAACUGCGUUUCCUUAAUAAUUCUACGGUGCAAAAUGAACACGAACCCGUCACGAGACCAGGAGAAUUGUCUUGUGUAGCAGACGAAAAUUCUACGUGAGUCAGGUUUUAAAGCAG